GCCAGCGCUCGCGAGAACAGCGUCAGGCUGAGCGUGUUAACCAGCAGCAUCAGGCCGAGCAGCCACAGCUUCCACAACAGACUCCACUGCGCCGCGGAAAAUGACGUCGAAGAAGGAUUACGGCGAUCCGAACGGUAAAUAUAGUUGUAAGAACCACAAAUACGUAAGCAUGGAGCAUGCAGACUUGGUGGCGGAGAUGGUGCAUGUCGAAAGACUGACCACUCAGGAGAGGUUGCACCUGGCUCGCCACAGGAGACUGCAGCAGCUCAAAGUCUGGAGACAACGGGAGAAGGAAUGGCUUCGACAUCAGAUCAGACAUACCAGCACUAAAAAGCAUAUUUUCUUUAGUGACAGUGUCAUGCUUCUAGAAGCUGCAGCCAGAAAUGAUAUCGAUGAAGUGAGGCGAUUGUUGAAAAAAGGAGUGAAUCCGGACUCAACUAACGAGGACGGCUUGACCGCGCUUCAUCAAUGCUGCAUCGACGACAACGAGGAGAUGAUGAAACUGCUGGUGGAGUUUGGUGCAAACGUCAAUGCGGAAGAUAGUGAAAAAUGGACACCUUUACACGCUGCAGCUACUUGCGGGCAUUUACAUCUUGUCCGUUAUUUAAUAGCCAAAGGAGCUAAUCUGUUAGCUGUUAAUGCCGAUGGUAAUAUGCCUUACGAUAUCUGUGAAGAUGAGAAAACUUUGGAUUGCAUUGAAGGGGAAAUGGCACGUCGAGGAGUCACGCAGGAAUUGAUCGACGAGACUCGAGCUUCCACCGAAGUUCAGAUGCUUAGGGAUUUGCAAAAAAUCGCUUCAAUGGGCGGCGAACUAGAAUAUAAAGAUCAUCAAGGUGCUACACCUCUUCAUAUAGCAGCGGCAAAUGGUUACUUGAGGGUAGUUGAGUUCCUCCUCGAUCAACACGUAUCUACAGAUUGCGAAGACAACGAUAAGUGGCAACCGGUUCAUGCUGCUGCUUGUUGGGGACAUUUGGAAGUUUUGGAGUUACUCGUUCAAAAUGGCGCGGACUUGAAUGCAAAAAACAAGCAUGAUGAAACGCCAGCGGACAUAUGCGAAGAUCCCGAGAUACGUGAGAGAAUAAUGGAAUUGAGGACCGAGCAAGAGAGUAAAAAGUUACGUGAAGCCCAGAACAGGCGAGUGAGAAGGUCACACAGUAUCAAUACUAGGACGCAGAGCGUUCGAAGAACUUCCAUUAGGGACAAAGUACUUACUACGAAGAAAGAUGCUCAAGAGGAGGCAAGAUUGAGGCUGCAAGCUCAACAGCACACGUAUGGUAAUCCAGCUGUAAGCCUGCCACCGUCGGAAAAUAGUUCAGGUGGUCUAGACAAUACUCACGACGAUACAGACUCGACAGCCUUAACCCCUGCGGUGCGUCGUGCUCCCGAGGGCAAGGACAACGAAUCGUUUUUGCACGAGGAUGUGGAUCGCGACUCAGAGCUUUUGCCAGACACAGCAUUGCCGCGACAGCAUCAGCAACAGCAGCCGCAACCACAGCAGCAAAUCGAGACGACGUCCAAUGGUAAAAUCAACAUCCAUGUGUCGGUAGUGUUUGUCAAGUCGCUGGCCGAUCUGAAAAAGCAACGCGCGCAAAAUCGUACCAGUCAAGGCCAACCUCCCGGUAUACCGACCGAUUCUAAUGGCAAUGGUAUCGUCGCUACUGUACCUACCAUAUCUGGAGUUACUGCGAAUGACGAUUUCAGGAGGUUCACUGGCAAUACCAGUGAUAUCGUUGGAGAUAGUCGAGGCGAUAAGAGCUGCUGCUGUGUUAUGUGAGGAGUGCUUCCGCUAAGGCCGAAAUACCGGUUUACAAAAGCUAUCUCUUUAUUGUUUUUUUUAUGUUAGUUUUUGAAUUACUGUGCACGUUUGUUCGUGAUGAUUUUUUUUUGUAAGCCCAAUUUUUUUUCAGACUUCAUUUCUUUUUUACUUAAACAUCUUUUAAUCAAUUUAAAAACCAAGCUUUCUUGGUUUAAAGACAAAACGGAUUUUCUCAAAAGCAUUGUUUAAAAAAUAAAGCUCCAUUUUCGCGCCAUCUGCUACAUGAUUAAUAAGUACAUGAAACCCGCGAAAAAAGAAAUUGACUUGUGUAAUGAUUAUCGAUUCUUCUUUUUAUCUUCUCUCUUGUAAAUAUGCUUUAAACGAGUUAUGUGUAUAUUACCCUAGAUAGUCGUCGUAUGGAAUUGAUUUAUUUUAUCACGCGAGCGUUGUGUAGCUUAACUUAUUUAUUGUUCGUCUAUGCACAAACAUUCCUCAUUUUUAUAUAUCAUUACGAACGAUAUAUGCAAAUCGACCAACUUGACGUUUCAAAAUAUUAAAACACGGUAGGCACAAAUUCUGUCGCUAUAACAAUAAUUUUCAAAUAAUUGUAAUAAACUUCAGGUGAAAUUGUCGGCGACUGCCACACCUAAUAAUAUAUACAUAUUUUUUUAUUAAAAAUGUUUUUUAGAAGCUCGUAGUUACAAAUUUCGUCCAUUUUACUUGUAAGUGGAUCAAAAAGAAAGGAAACGUAACACACUCUACUAACAAUAAUGAAAAACGAUGAAACAGACUACAAAAUACGUACUUUGAUGGUCCGUCAAAGAAAUCCAAUAGACUUAUCAUUUAAUUUUUUUAUCGAUUACUAUAUCGCUAUACGCAAAUGAUGUUAAAUAACAACGUUUGAAAAUCUUUAACCCGAGUACUUAACGUUAAAAGUAUUGGUGAAUAAACGAAAAAUGUAGAACGUGUGAUUUUUCUGCGUCGUCUUCAACGAUAAUGAACUCUGUGAAAAUUAAAAAAAUUCACACUCCACGUAUUGUAUAUUCCUUGUUACGAUGAAUAAGGAAUUUAUCUUUGUUCCAAUUUGACAGCAAUACUUUUACUCGAAACGGUUUGAGCGUUUUAUGUGUAAGUGAGCAAGCGACGGCUGAAGCUGAUGGUUAUAUUGUAAAUUUUAUUAUCUAUAUAUAAUAUUGAAAAUGUUUAUGAUCAUUGCGCUUCUGAAGAAUCUUUUCUUUUCUAUUUUUUUCUGUAAUAUUUUCAAAAGUGAGAAUUUUAUUUGUUGAUACGAUCAUUCAUUUACUUUUUAAGUCGUAGAUUUAUAUACGAAAAUUUUUUGAAUUUUAGAAACUUAUUGACUAUUUUCUACCAAAAUUUUAUAAAUGACAUAUUAUAAUGUUACGUUAAAAAAAGAUUGAAUGAAAAUGGAAAUCCUUGCGAAAAGUUUUUGAUUUGAAAUUUCAAGUACAUGAAAUUUUACGUGGCAAACAUUUUUCGGAUCAGUAAUAAUAAUUUUAUUGAAAAAUUAUGUUGUAUAGCGCUGCGUUAGUAAUUUUUUACUCUUCAUUAUUGUACCUGCGUACAAAGAUUUUUUAAGCUGUAAGAUCUUUUUAAUAAGGAAGUAUUUGAGUCACUAUUUUAUUUAGAUUGUAUUACUAUUUUAUUACGAUGUAUAUUUAUAUUAGCAUCGAUUCAAUAAGACUUGUAUAAUUUUUUCAUAAGAAUACGCUUGUUUCAUAUUCUAAC